GGCUCUUCUCGGGCUUGACGCCGACGACUCCGCCAGCGAGGCCGAGGAGCAGGACUUAGAGGAGCAGUCCGACUACGCCGACGCCGACAAGGCUGACGAGGCCGCGCUGACCGAACGAGUCCUUUUCGAGCUCGACGGCGACGCCUUCGCAACCAAGCAGGCUGACGACUCCGAUGCCGAGGCCGAGGAGUCCCACGAGGUCGUUGUCGAGGACGGCGACGCCGGCCGGAGGGUACCCUUGAGAGUGGCGUGGGCCGAUCUCGAGGAUUCCCCGAGCGAGUAUGACGACGAGUGGGAGCAGAUGCGCGUGCGCGACUGGGCGAAGGUGGCCACCGCGAGCCACAUCCCAGCGGCAGGGGCAGCCGACCGACCGGACAGAAGCAGGUGCGACGCCACGCCGCGUGCACUGCGGUUGCGGCGCCGGCGCCGGCGCCGAGCUGGCGCCCACUUCGCAUCGUGACGGUGUCGCCGGGAGAGUUUGACGCCCGCGCUGCCAGCUCUCCUGAGGCGUAUCAAACGAUUGCCCCCUGAGCGGGGCGCCUGGCCCCCGGUUCUCUGGCGGAUCAAGGGCUUGGGCUGCAUCAAACGACGUCGCUCUUUCAACGCCGCCCCGGGCGGGGCUACGAUCGCAGGAGAUGGACGCCUCGCAUCGGCUUUUCGUUCGACGAGCGGGUGGAUUUCCUCUUACGUUUCACAUCGGGUCAGACAUUCUGUCGAGUGCCAAC